CAAUCCUGGCGCGCGAUGACGCCACUCGUCCAAGUGAAGCCUCCUACUGUUCAUAGAGGAAUGUUAAACAAUCUUAAAGUCUCACUGAUCAAAUUUAGUGAUUAUAUGUUCAAAGUGUGUCGGAGUUCACACUGCGUUUUGUUUCUUUUCGGUUGUAACAUAUCGGCGGAGGCAAGAAGGAUGGAACAGGAUCCGUCCGUUCGUAGUCCAGCGCACUGCGAACCCGUAGAGCCAAGCGUGUCGCCGAAAGACAAACAGAGUGUUGAGAAAGCGGCAACAUACGGUAAAACCCUCCCAGGUCACGCAGCAAAAUCGCUCCCUCCGUCGUCACCCUCCUCCGUUUUCGGGCGUGCCAAAAUGACUGUGUGUGGGCCGGGCAGUAAGACACCCAUCUCUCCAUCAUCCUCCGUAAUGUCCUCUCCCCCGUCCACGUCCAGUCCUCCGCCCAAAGUUCACCGAGCUCGCAAGACCAUGAACAGACCCCCUCUCUCACAGGUGCGCACUGUCCAGACCGCUGUAACUCCAGACAGACCAAAAACAAGUAGCACUUCAGACACUGAUACAGUGGUAAAGAAGCAGAAGUUGGACACCGACUCCACAGCGCCCCCCGCAGAAAAGUCAGACAAAUCCUCAGAGCAGACGGAGACCGUACCUCCUUUACCUGUGGCGGAGAAGGCGGAGCCUGUUGCCCCGGAGACCAAAGACCUGAGCUGUGGUUGGCUGGAGGAUCUGGAUGAUGAUGCGGACGAAGAAGAUUUUCACCUGCUGUACAACAGUUACGCAGGAGACGACGUCAUCUUCUCUGACAGCAAGUCUGAAGAUGGGAUGAUGGAGGGAGAGGACGUGCAGAUCGAGGAUGAUGUGGAGAGAACAUCUGAUCAUGGGUUUUCAUCCGAUCAGCCAAGAGGAGGGCUAAAAAAGAAAGGAGAGCGUGAAUCACCAUGGAAACAGCAAAGAAAGAGAGGCAAAUUGACAGCUGCAGAGACAGACAGAGCCCCUCCAGGAGGAGACUCAGCUGAGUACACUGAAGUUCCUCUGGGUUCUCUGGACAUCUCGGCUGCAGACAGCCUCACCCUGUCUCCUCACACAGAUGAUCGAGAGAUGGAGCGGAUGGAGGAGUUGCCGUUGUGUAGCUGUAGAAUGGAGGCUCCACGCGUGCACAAGCUUGCAACUAACACACAGCCAACCUGCAUGGCCAUCGAGAGCAUCAAUGGACAGCUCGUGGGCUGUACCAACUCCGUCGUAAAGGGGGAGACGAUGCGUCCGUCCAGCCGUGUCUCUCUCAUGGUGCUGUGUGAGACUCAUCGCGGUCAUAUGGUGAAACACCACUGCUGCCCGGGCUGUGGCUACUUCUGCCUCUCUGGGACGUUUCUGGAGUGUUGUCCGGACGUCCGGAUCGCUCAUCGCUUCCACCGCGGCUGUGUGUCUGUGCUGGGUGGUGGGCGGAGCCGGGGCAGCUCGUUGGGUGUCGGCCUGCUUUUCUGCCCCCAUUGUGGCGAGGACGCCUCUGAGGCACAGGAGGUCACCAUACCCCCGUCCUCAUCAUCGUCAGGGUCAGCCGUUGUCACGGCUACUGCCUCCUCCACCACUCCACUUCUCUCAUCUGCACUGGCAACAACCAACACAGCUCUUAGCAGCGAGAAGAGGACCGGGGAACCAAUCAGUGCGAGGAUGCACUGGCGGGGUGAGUUCAGGAAAGGGGCGGUGCCUCAGUCCACACCCCCUAAUGAGGCCACCGCUUCAGGGGUGGGUGGAGCCGAGGAUGUGGUUGCCUUGGGUGAUGGGGGUGUGGACAGUGUUGGCCCCUCCCUUGUCCUCCCCAAUGGAAAGCCAGUGUGUCCUGGCACACUUCCUGCUGGAGACAGCAGGACGGCACUGCAGAGAGCCAUUCUCAAUCAGGAGACUGAGAGGAAGAAGAAACUGCGGUUCCACCCACGUCAGCUCUAUCCUGCGGCCAAACAGGGCGAAGUCCAGAGGGUUCUGCUCAUGCUCAUGGAGGGUAUAGAGCCAGGGUAUCAGUCAGACUCUCAGAAUCGGCGCUGUGCUCUUCAUGCUGCUGCUCAGCGCGGCCUGCUAGAGAUCUGUUACCUGCUCAUACAGGCAGGUGCUAAAGUAGACACAGAGGAUAAGAGUCAGAGGACCCCACUGCUGGAGGCCAUCAUAAACAAUCAGGUGGAGGUGACCAGGUAUCUCAUACAGAGCGGAGCGUGUGUUUACCAUGUCGAGGAGGAUGGCUCCACAGGUCUCCAUCACGCUGCUAAACUGGGGAAUCUGGAGAUCGUCACGCUGCUGCUGAACACUGGACAGGUGGACAUUAACGCCAAGGACAGUGGUGGUUGGACUCCUAUAAUCUGGGCUGCUGAACAUAGACAUACUGAUGUGAUCAGAGCGCUGCUGAACCGAGGAGCUGACGUCACGCUGAAGGACAAGGAGAUGAACGUGUGUGUGCACUGGGCCUCGUUUGCUGGCUGUGCUGAGAUCGCUGAGCUGGUCCUGAAUGCUGGGUGUCCUCUGACCUCCGUUAACCUUCACGGGGACACGCCCCUGCACAUCGCUGCCCGCGAGGGACACAUCCACUGCGUCACGCUGUUCCUGUCCAGAGGGGCAGAUAUUGAUGUUGUGAAUAAAGAAGGAGACACACCCCUCUCCUUGGCACGACCUGAUUCGCCGGUGUGGGUGGCGCUCCAGAUAAAUAGGAAGUUGAGGAGAGGAAUAGCCAAUCGGAUUGUGCGGACGGAGAGGAUCAUCUGCAGUGACGUGGCGCAGGGUUAUGAGAAUGUGCCAAUCCCAUGUGUUAACGGUGUGGAUGAUGAAGACUGUCCGUCAGACUACAAAUACAUUGCAGAGAACUGUGAGACCUCCGCCAUGAACAUCGACCGCAACAUCACACACCUGCAGCACUGUAACUGUACUGAUGACUGCUCCUCCAGUAACUGCCUGUGUGGACAACUCAGCAUCCGCUGCUGGUAUGACAAGGAUCAGCGUCUGCUGCAGGAAUUUAAUAAGAUCGAGCCUCCUCUGAUCUUUGAGUGUAACCUCGCCUGCUCCUGCCACAAGACCUGCAAGAACAGAGUGGUACAGGCCGGAAUCAAAGUGCGCUUACAGCUCUACCGUACAGAGAAGAUGGGGUGGGGAGUCAGAGCUCUUCAGGACAUUCCUCAGGGGAGCUUCAUCUGCGAGUAUGUUGGCGAACUGAUCUCUGAUGCAGAAGCAGAUGUGCGGGAAGACGAUUCAUAUCUGUUUGAUCUAGACAAUAAGGAUGGGGAGGUGUACUGCAUUGAUGCACGUUACUAUGGUAACAUUAGUCGUUUCAUUAAUCACCUGUGUGAUCCAAACAUCAUCCCGGUGCGAGUGUUCAUGCUGCAUCAGGACCUCCGCUUCCCCCGGAUAGCUUUCUUCAGCUCCAGAGACAUCCUCACGGGCCAGGAGCUCGGGUUUGAUUACGGAGACCGUUUCUGGGACAUUAAGAGUAAGUACUUCACGUGUCAGUGUGGCUCGGAGAAGUGUAAACACUCGGCAGAGGCCAUCGCUCUGGAGCACAGCAGGCAGGCCCGCCUCGACUCCUUCCCAGAAUCGGCCACCGAACCCGGGUUCACCACACCAGGAAACUCCUAAACUCCUCUCCAGACCCAGUGACGCAAUGCGUUGUGGGAGUUGUCAGUACUGUACAGCUGUGUUGGCUGUUAAACACAUUUACGGCAAUGAAUUUUUCUGUUUGAUCCAUGCUGAUCUGCUCAGUUUGUAUAUAUUAUCAUAAGGACAAAAGAUCUGCUCUCAAUAAAUAUUGUUCCUAAUGCGCCCUCAUCCCCUUAACCCUCACUGAAGCCUUCUGGCCACCUUGUUUUUCAAGGUUGUAAGUGUACCAGCUCAUUGGUUAGAUGAAUGUUUGAGGCAGAACUUACCCAGAAGGCAUUGCUGUUGUCUGUCGCACUUUCAUUUACAUAUAGCAGAAACAGGAAAAAUAAAAUCAUUCAUGUUUCAUAACAUUUCCAUCUGAUUGUCGGUGUUCCGGUUCCUCCAGAUCAUCACACCGAGGGUUCUGGACCUCUGUCUAAUUAAGUGGUUCGGAUCGAGGGUUCUAGAGUGCUUACUGUUUGAGGGUUCUGGAGCACUUUUCGUGUUUUUCAGAGACUUCCUAAUCAAGAGGUUUUUGGAAUAAUCCCUGUUUGAGAGUUCUGGAACAGGUUUUGGUCUCGGGCUUUAGAAGACGUCCCGUUUAAAGGGUUCUGGAAUGCUUAUUGGUCAAUUAUUUCUAGACAACCUCCAGAUUACGAGGUUCUAGAAGACUUCCUCGUCAAAGUGUUUUCCAACACUUCCUGGUCUAGAGGUUCUACUGUAGAACACCUUAAGCCCUCAACCUUGAGAACAUUUCCUGAUCAAGAGGUUCUUGAACACAUGGGUGCAGAUGGAGUAGCAUUACUGAAUCUUGCUAGCAAGUAAUAUUACAAAGUUUCUAGCACAUUAGCCACUUAGCAGACCAGCCAGGAAGCUGGACAGAUAGCGAUCUAGCCGGUGUGCCUCAGUACAGCAUCUGGAAACCACAGAAGACGGUUUUAGCUUAGCCGUUCUGGUUCUGCACUGCGUGCUAACUUCUUGUGCUGCACGCUCGUAUGACGUAGCGGACACACUUCAUGGUCGUGACGGUAAGUGGACGAGGGUGCAUUAAAAGCAGUGUUAAACAUAUUUAUGUUGGCGAGUGCACUCUGUAGUGUGCACUAUGUAGUGUAUGAUGUAUGGAUUACUUCAUUAGCUGUUUGUUUGUUUGUUUGUUUCCUUUUUUUAAAUGAACUUUGAACUGUAUGAGUUUCCUGACGGUGACACAACUGAUUUUCUUACUAUUCUGUAGUUUGAAUAAAUAUUUGAUACAAC